UCAGAUUUCUUGCGGGGAGGACGUGGCAAGAACAGCUGAUUGACUUUCUAGUGGUGACGUGGCGGUGGAAGACAUCUUGGAUCUUUAAGUUUUUGGUUUCAGUUUUGUUUAAUUUCAAUUCGUUCAUCAUUUAUAAAAUCCCAGUGCACAACGUUAGUGUAGUUUGACCAAUCACUAACAUCUAACUACGGCAAUACCAACCUAAACUGAUAAAUCCUAACUGGACAAAUCCUGGCAACGCAUUUCCUUGUCCCAUGGAUCGCUUAGUUCCAUUCCCUGGCCAUGACAAGAAGGAAGAGAAGAUGUGAAGACAACUUCUGGACGCUCUGAGCCCAAGAGGCUAUGCGCCCUACACCAAAACAACAACAACUAGAGUUCAGUGUGCGAGCUGCUCAAGCGCGUGUUUUCUUAUUAUUUAUUGUAGGUAGUGGGAUUUAUUUUAGAAGUUAUCUCUGAUAAAUUGGUUUUACAACCCUUUACAUAUAUUCCAGAUGGUGGUGGUGACUAGUUCCCUGCCGCCGCCCACGGAGGGUGUGCGUAUCGAACAGCCCAGCACCGCCGCUCACAUGGGCCCGCGCGCCCUGGGCAGCGGCACUCUGUACAUCGCCGAGAGCCGCGUGGCCUGGGCCGGCACAGACGGCCAGGGCUUCUCGCUGGAGUACCCGCACAUCAUGCUGCACGCUGUGUCGCGGGACACGUCUGCGUUCCCGCACCCCUGCCUUUACCUGAUGGUGGACGCCAAGAUCGGACCCCAGGCCGACGACGCGGCGUCAGAUGGCAGUGGCGGCAGCAGCGACGAGGACGCCGCCUCCGGAAGCAGUGUGACAGAGGUGCGCUUCGUCCCGUCGGACGGCGGCUCUCUGGACGCCCUGUUUCACGCCAUGUCAGAGUGUCAGUCCCUGCACCCGGACCCCAACGAUAGCGUCUCAGCAGACGAGGACGACUAUUUCGUCGGUGGCGACUGUGAUGCCGAGGGUGACGGCGAUGACGACGAGAGCGGGCCCAUGAGCAACGGCGGAGGAGCGGGCGACUCGGGCGAGCCCAUGGAGACGGGUCAGUUUGACGAUCCAGAGGAGUAGGUGCAGCGGACUGCUCGGGAUUGGAGUGUGGUCUGGUGCUGGGGCCUGCUGGACCGGUUAAGCCGUGGUCGGACGGUGUGAGUCGGUACCCGGCCGUCUCACACAGUGAUAGUGAUAAAUCAUGUGAGCUCUGGCCGGUCGGUGGUCAUUGGCGGCCUCUGUGACCGCCGUCGAAUCGGGCGUAGGCGGGGGAGGUUCCCAGCCGCCAUCCUACGCCGGUCGUCUGCUCCUACUGUCAGCCGCGGCAGCGCACGAGCCUGUGGAGAUAUGGGGUCAUCCACUGUCGUCUGAGACUGACUGCCAGAAUACUGGGAGCUGUGAGCCGUGACAGGCGACCAACGUGCCCAUUCCUCAUUGUUGCCAUCAUCACCAAUCGCAUGCAUCACUCGCCAGUGACCGAAGCUUGCUCUGUACGGAGUGUUUGUUGAUGGGAGAUGCCAGCGCCCUCAUUUUUGUACAAUAUACAUCGUUGAAGCACA